AGUAGAAGCAAUUCAUAGUUUUCUUCAUAUAGAUUUACCAUGUGAAGGCUUCAUUUAGUAGCCGCUAUAAAAUUGGUGAGUGGUGACACCUUGUUUUACAAAUAGCAUGUAAUUAAAGUUAGGCCAAAAUAACACUUACCAUUUUAAAGAAAGUACUGUACUGCAUUUCACUGAGCCACAAAAUAUCAACCACCAUAUGAGGCUGCAUGCAUACAAGUCAUUUUGCCAAUGCAAUGCUAUUGGCAUUUGUACAAAAACACUUAACUCACCGCAAAAUUUCACACCAAACUCAACAGAACAUUUUGGAACUAUAUAAAAUGCAGCCACUAUCUUCUAGUUUCAAACACAAAAUCUCAUCUCAAUAUUCACAAGUCUUGUGAAAAAAAUGGCUUACAAACCUUCCUCUUUCCUUACACUAAUUCUCAUCACCAAAAUCUUACUUUCCAUUACUUGCCAAGCACGCAAUAUUAUUCCAAAUAACUCAAACAUCAAUGACAAGAAAGAGCCUCAAUGGUUUUUCCAUUUUGAUGGUGUUCCAAACUUCGGGGGAGUAGGGUUGCCGCCUUUGUUUGAUUCUACACCUCAAAAUCCAGACAAUGGUAGUGGCGGUGGAGGAGAAGGAACGGGAGAAGGAUCAUCACCACCUAGUAGCAGUUAUGUUCCAGGUGGUGAUGACACCUUUGUCCCAAAUCCUGGUUUUGAGGUUCCAGUUCCUAGCAGUGGUGGUGUGGUUCUGAUUCCAGUUCCAGCAGCAGUUCAUCCUUGAAUUUGCUCAGUUAUGAGCCAUCAUGCAUUACUGUAUUAAUUAGGCCUAGUUUCUAAGCAUCCUUAUGUUUUUGACAAAUUUGCAUAUUUUUACUCGGACUGAGUUUGGAAGUACCAUAGUACCCAUAUUGUGAUUUUGACAAAAAUUACACUUUAGAGUUUUAAUAAAAUCACGAUAUUAACGUGAUUUCGUCAAAGACACCGUUAAUCCAAAUAUGUACUGAAUACCCAUCAAUUUCGAUUUGCACCCAUUACUAAGUGCUCGGAGUACACUAUUUGUUACAUGAUAUGCAAAGCCAUUGUGUGUAGCCCCCCCUUUUUUUCUAGUUGCUGCUAUUGUUUAUGUGGAGCCUCCGUCAUAAUUAAAUAUUCUCACAAUCUCAA